UAGGCCGAAGCUAGUCAGGGCAGUUCCUGGGCUGUAAUUCAAGAGAUAUCAUCAAUUUGACAAACGCUGCCUGGAGAGACGACACGCCGGCAACAAGGAUAUCGUGUCUUUCUGGUUGCAGUUGCUUUACGGUUUGAAGGCAAUGAAUCGGCAUCGCUUGGAAUAAGUAAAUCCGUCCUCGGACAUUGCCUCGCUAAAGAAACUCCAAAGAUGGCAAGCAGUAACAUUUCUACGGGAAGCCCCCCCACGAGUAAUGAAGAGGAUGCCGCCAACACGACAGCCUCUUCGCUGGAGAUGUUCUGGACCGAGAACAUGUCCAUCAUACUGUACGUGGCAGCAGGGAUCAUCAUUGUCGUGUGUGUUUUCGUUCACGGGUGUCUCUUCUACCGUAGAUGGAGACAAAAACGCAGGCAGUCUACUAGAGCGGAUGAUAAGGAGACGGGAGGGAGUUCCUUGAAAAUAUUCGACAGGGGCAAGGCCAAUGCCAACUCCCGCGAGAACUCUGUCGCCAGUUGUGCCAACAGCGAUCAGACUGAGCGGUUCAGAUCUGACUCUGUCCAGCUCCAGCAGGAUGCGCGGUCGUCCAGUAAGUCACUCCUGGACCAGGACCUCGACGAGAGACGUCGAUCGUCCUCCAUCCGGAUCAAGGUGCUCCCGCCCCAGGACAUCGCCCGGAGCUUCAGCGGGCCGAUCCAGUCCAACGAGCAGCCGGACGACAACGUCUUGUCGGACGAUCCCGGGUGGGGAUCAACUCCUCAGACGUCGAAAGACGCCCUUGCCGCCCAACUAGCAGAGCUUGUGUCCAAGAGAGUCCCGAAGAUGCCUGCCGAUGGUCGAUCAGGGGGAGUUACCUCGAAUGACAUGAACUCGUCUUGUUAUGAGCAGAUCAAAAACAGCAAAGGCACAGCCGGUAUGCUGCCGAAGGCAGUCGAUAUCGCCAGGUCGAAGAGCGACAGCAACAGAAGUGUUCCAGCCAUUCUGGAGACUCAGGCGAGCGAAGAUGCCUACGACUGUGUGAAGCCUAGAGAUUUGAUAACACGUGCGAGUGUUUCCCGGCGGGACGAGGACGGCCUCGAGUCGGAUAGACUGAAACGUAGGUCCUACAGUUUUGAUCAUGUUCCUGUGUUUGAGACUUCCGUUGACCUAACUUCUCACCGCCAAAUACUAGCCCCAGCUCGCAAACGUAGUGCAAGCGAGAGCCAUCGAUUAACAGAACCGCGGCCAGAAACCGCCUCUAAGAAAUCUGUGCCAUUACCGGCUUCUCCGAUUCCGUUGGAUCCGAAAGUGGAGCCUGUGUACCACAUCCUGGAGCCUGAGCCGGACGCCUUCUCGAGGAACGAUCGGAGAUACCGCACACUCCCGCCCAUCAAGACGGCAUCAACGCAGCCUUCCAGCCCAACCAAGAGGAAGUUCACGUUAAACACGCUCCUCUCGCGAAAGAGUAGGACAGCGAGGAAGAAAGAGAGAUGCAAGCAGCAAACGCCGCCGAGCUCCCCCGCGAGGAGCACCAGCGAUGAAUCCCAGCCCACCAUCUACGAAGAUCCCGGAGGAGCACAGGGGUCUGACCCGACUGCCCUGGACGAAUACUCCGUACUGAAUCUCGACAACCAGCGGGAUGUCAACGAGGAACGUGGAAAAAGACCCGACGGCGGAAGUCCCUCCAAGAGUAAGCCAAGCUUCUUGAGAUCAUUCCACAAAAGUUGGAACAAAAACAAAACUACCCCAAAGCAAACCUCUGCAAAACGGCAGAUAAGGGAUGUCUCUGACGACACGAAUGACGCCUACGAGGUGCUUGAAAUACCCAAGGAUGAUUCUAAAGACGUAGAUGGGCCCGUAUACGACACUGUUAAGACAGAUCAUUCAGAAAGAACUCAACUUGAUCCAAAGAACUUGCCAGUUAUAGGAAAGACCUCCACCGGGGCUCAGCUGAGGAAGUUCCAAGCGGGCUCUGCACGGAGGGAGCUCCCCAGCACGCCGCAUGACUAUGAUGUAAUAGAGCGGGUUGGAUUCCCAUCACGAGGGGGUGUUUCUAGGUCCAAAUCUGCACGCCCUAACGUCAGAGGGGGCUCAAGUCCCACUGUGGUGAACCGCUCUCCCAAGGCGCCGGCAACCUACGACAAGCUCGGUCCGGUGAUAUCGGAUCGACUUAUCUUCACCGAGUCGGCGCGAACGAGGCGUGGCUCGUCACCCGCGACGGCAAAACGCGACACGGAUCAAGUCUACGAUCUGCUGAAUCCGGCGACGAUGGUUCGACAAAAUUCAACGGGUCCACUCGAACGUCAGCAGCCCCGGCCGAAAGUCGGCCCCAAGCCACAGUCGCUCCGCGGACUCCCCACAAAUUCAGAGUACGAUCUCCUCAAUGCAAAACCGUUGCACCGUUGUGGCUCGUUCAGUGCAGCCCGCGGGCCGAAGACAGCCUCUCGGCAGCUGCUGAGAGCCAAUUCUCUGGGCAAACUGCGGAAAGUCAGCCCCGAGGUUUCACCCAAGCCAUCAAGGAAUCGGCAGUCGGAAACGAUCAACCAGUCGCAUUUCAAGACUGCGGUAUCUCUUAAACCCGGUGUACCGGAAGAAGCAAAACCAGCUGAACCCGUGUACUUCUGUUUAGACCCAAACACACCCCCAGAACCAAUAUGAGGCAUUAUUACCUCGUACCCGAGAAAAAGAUGCGAAAUUCUGAGCGACUGACAAACGCACCAGGAACGAAAAACACAAUUAACGUACCGUUUGUAAACUUUGUGCGAUAACUUGACCUUGUUAAAUUCCGGAAGAAAUAGUUAUCUGGAAUAACACUGGCAUCAAAAUUCAUUGGUUAACGCUGGUAGGCAGCAAAUUUCGAGAAAUGUGAUAUUUCGGUCAAAUUGUAAACAACCUAAUUUCGCAAACCCCUUGUAUCUGUGUGCAUGCUUGUUCAGCGCACCUUAUCGUCCCUCAAGCAAUGCGGAGACUCGAGGUGUCCACCCGAAUAAGGAAUAAAAGAGACAGCACGACUUGCUUAGGGGAACACUCGAGAAUUUUGCCUGGUCGAAUGAAUAAAAGAAUGGACUGUUGUGGAUAUGUAUAUUAUGCAGACCUCAUUCAACACUAGGACGCUAUAAUUAUUUAAACAAGGAGUAUGACGUGGCAUGUACAUAGCCGCGUUUGGGAUUUCUCGUUCAGCUACUUUCCUCCCUGCUUUUAGUCACUAACUAUGCCAAUGACUAGACAGCUUACUUAACAAAAAAACUGCGCUUAAUAUUUAGACUUUGGCACAUUGCAUUAAACAGCCGCCACAUUUAAACUCCACAUUCGUUUAAUCUCCAAAGAGGAGAAGGCCAGCCUUGUCAGAACUGCGCUCUAUACAUCACUACUUCUAGGUAGCAACUGCGAGCCCAAUAGACGCGAAAUGACCGAAAGUGAUACCCAAGCCAUAACUGUGAGAUACGACAGUCAAACCAACCACUAGGGCAACACUGAUCGAUGCACAAUAGGUCUGCAGUUUUCCUGAUAUGGUUUCACGGGUGACACCAUCUAAGGUCUUGAAGCCAAUAACUUUCACAAUUUGAAGAGGAAAUACGGGGAGCCUUUGUCAGGCUUCACUUGCGAUGCUUUCAGUGUUUUUAAUAUUUGCAUUCAUAAAGGUAAAGAGAUUUGACAGCAGAUUAUGUAAAUGCAAUGUUAAACAGAUUUCUAAUGUUCAUGUUGCCAACUUAGGAUAAAAAUCUGACAGACAGGACUAGAUCGGAAUGAAUUACGUCACGAACAUUAAAGGUGACAGCGGUAACGUUUCUUAAGACAAAGGUUAAACCAAUUAAAGCUUAAGAAACAAUACAAGUGAUUUGCAAUACAAUGCGCCACCAAGAGGUUGCCAUGAAAUGGUCAUUUGCGCAUUGCGUUGUGGGAAAUUGUCGACAAAUUCUAUUCGCCCGAACUCGAAUUAUCCCAUUUUUUUUUCAUUUUGUCAUGGAAGAAGAUUGUAAGUAUACUUUGAGUAGCAUUUUAAAUUAAUAGUUCUUCUUUCUGUUGUAUGAAAUGCCCCAAUCUAUUAAACAUUUCUUAAGUGUUCCGCUGACAUGCGUUGAAUGCAAAUUGCGGCAAGGCGGUCAUACCUUUGUCGGAGGUAAACUUGCGGCAACCUCUCAGUGAUGCAAUGUAUUGCGAAUCGCCCCAACUGAAAUUCUAAGGCCGAUUAUGUAACUUAAGCAGAACUAUUUCUAACACAUGGUUAUUCAGAAAUAUGAAAUCACCAAUGUAAAGCGUGGAUUUGACAUUUGUAACUAAUGCAAAGGUAUACCCUUGAAGCAGUGCUGUUUUAAUCCCUGAAAAAAAGCACCUUGUGAAGUUUGAGAACAUCACUGUUAUGUUAAUGAGCUGUUUUCGUCAAAUCAGUUUCUUUUUCCAGUACUUUAUCAAUCAACGACUGUUUGAUGUGUCGAUUGUUCCCAACAUUGGUUUUUAACAAAGCCGCACGGCAGGUGAAAAAGUAUAUGUUUUUGUAAACACGAGGAAGGAACAUUUACUGUUUGACAAGUAAAGGAUAAGUGUGAAAUUUUCGUUUCAGUUCAGUUCAGUUGUUGAUUGCAAUGGGGAUAUGGAAAUAAUAACGGGAUUAAAAACUUUCGCUUUGCAAUCGCUAUA